AUGCCCCGGCCCGGCCGCAACACGUACAGCGACCAGAAGCCCCCCUACUCCUACAUCUCCCUGACGGCCAUGGCCAUCCAGAGCUCCCCGGAGAAGAUGCUGCCCCUCAGCGAGAUCUACAAGUUCAUCAUGGACCGCUUCCCUUAUUACCGGGACCAUACCCAGCGCUGGCAGAACAGCCUGCGCCACAACCUGUCCUUCAACGACUGCUUCAUCAAGAUCCCCCGGAGGCCCGACCAGCCGGGGAAGGGCAGUUUCUGGGCGCUGCACCCCAGCUGCGGGGACAUGUUCGAGAACGGCAGCUUCCUCCGGCGCCGCAAGCGCUUCAAGGUGCUGCGCCCGGACCCGCUGGGUGCCAGCAAGGCCGGGCACGAAGCCGGGCACUUCCUGCACCCUCACCAUCACCACCACCAGCAGCAGCAGCAGACCCAGCAGCAGCAGCAGACCCAGCAGCAGCAGCAGCAGCAGCAGCAGGCGGCUGCCAAGCUGCGGCUGAGCGCCCUGGCCGCCUCGGCUUCGCACCUCUCCCCCGUGCCCGCCGCCUAUGCCCACGCCCUGGGCGGCGCGGCCCAGCCGUCCGGCUUCAAGCACCCGUUCGCCAUCGAGAGCAUCAUCGCCCGCGAGUACAAGAUGCCCGGCGGGCUGGCCUUCUCCGCCCUGCCGCCCGUGCCCGCGGCGGCGGCCGCCUACCCGCUGCCGGGCCAGCUGAGCCCGCUGGGCACCUCGCUGGGCCCCGGCUGGCCGCACGUCUACGGGUCCGGGGUCCUGGACCCGUCGGCGCCCCUGCCCGACUACGGCGCCGCCUACGCCGUGCCCCUCAAGCCCCUGGCCCACGGCGGGCCGGCGCUGCCCGCCAUCCCCGUGCCCAUCAAGCCCGCCCCGGCCGCCGUGCCCGCCCUGCCCGCGCUGCCCGCGCUGCCCGCGCCGCUGCCCGCGCUGCUGUCCAACUCGCCGCCCUCGCUGUCGCCCACGUCCUCGCAGACGGCCGCCAGCCAGAGCAGCCCGGCCACCCCCAGCGAGACCUCCCUCACCAGCCCGCCCUCCGCCCUCCGCUCCGUGCCCGUCCACUGA